UUACACUGUCACCUUAUAAUCAUUUAACGCUUACUAUAUUCUUAUAUGUUUAUUUUAUCCUUGCCUGUCGUACUGUGGUUUUGAAGAAGCACAUGCAGUGGGCACGCCUUGGUCACAGCCUCAUUGGAGAAAUUAGCAUAAUCACUGAUACACCGUGUUGAUUGCGCGUUUCUCUUUCAUAAUUUCAUUGUUUUUUCAGAACAAAUUCUACCAACACCCAACAUUUAAUAAUAUCCCUCCAACAACUACACACAACACAGUUUUGUUCUUUUAAGAAUUACUCAGCACAACCACAACAGAUCUCCUUCACAAGGUUCGCCUUUUGACGACAAAUGUUCCCUCUUUAUAUGCGUGGGACAGUGUCUGUGUUACAAUCUCGAGCCGUUUUCAUUUUGGUCAGGUCUGUUUCCAGAGACAAAUAUUCGUGGAGCUUUGAAGAGCUGCGGUGUAGAUAUAUACAACAACUCUGGCCAACUCUCUAGUCAUAUCUUCCCCAACUGUAGCAGGUGUUCGUCCUUGCUGUUGUGGUUCGCAGUUUUGUCAGGACAGGCUCCCAUCUCUUGUUCUGUGCCUUCCCACCGAUUAUGGCUAACUUCUCAGUCACUCUUGCUAUGAUAUAAUUGAGUCAGUCAAGAUGUGAAAGGGAAUAGGAUUUGUAUAUAGACCAGUACAAAGUUUGAAAGCGCAAAGGAGAUUGACUAAAAAGGACUCGACUCAGCACAAGCUUUAUCUUCUGCCAUGGUCUUGUGUAGGUGUCUCUCUUUUUUGACUGGGAAGAGAGAGAAAAACAAGGGUACUGAACAGUCUUCCACAGGGGACCUUAAUACCCAACUUGGUGAAGUACUACACCCAAAGAUUUCAUCAGAGAGUCGUGAUUUGAAGCCGGCCACCGUUGAUGUUACAGUACCCAGUGGUGUGCAGAAGAAUUCAAGGGGCAAUGUGAGGGUUAUGAGUCUCGAGAGUCCUGUGAAGACUGAAGUGGAGGAAGCUUAUGAAGGGGAAGAUGAGCAUGAGGAGUCUCCUUCCAUCAAGAGGGAGCUCUCUGAUUUUGAUCUCCAAGUCCACGAAGCUGCUGCGAUCCAAGGAAGAUAUCAUCCAUCAAGUGAAGAGAUAAAAUACCCCAGUUUAUAUGAACACCAAGCUAACAUUCAAUUAGAAGACAGAGACCAUAAAUACAGCAAAAAGAGUGAUGAUAUAAUCCAAAGUGGACAUGUUAGUGAUCCUGGGAUUGGCAAGGCUGACUUUUGCGCUUCUCCUAAGCUCAAGCGUUCCUGCUCUGACCUGGAAAGAAGGGAUGUACUAAGGAAGACUUCUCAUCUCUUUCCGUCUUCAAAGUCACAGUCUUUUGAGAAUUUGCAGGGGUUAUCAGCAUAUCAGAUGGUUAAUCUAGAAAGCCCCAGGUCAGUGAUGACUCACGGCAGUGCUGAUAGAGUGAUGUUGAAAAAGCAUUCCUCAAGUCAAGUUCUCCCUUCUAGAAGUAAAAGAUUGUGGUGGAAGUUGUUCCUCUGGAGCCACAGGAAUAUACAUAGAAUGCAAUUAGGCAAACUGAAAACAAUACAUCCUGCAAGUGCUGCUUUAAAGAGUCAAUGUGGGUACUCUUCAGACACUCUUGAAGCAAAACAUGGCAAGGCAUUGAGACAUGUGGAAUUGCCCUCACCCAGCUCAUCUUAUGGGGAAUACUUUCACAACAGCUGCGAUGAUGGAAAUAUUGAUAAGCAAAGGUGGAGCAGAUUUCAAAAAGAGAAUUUUGGUUUUUGGCCACAAAACCAAUGGGUGGCUUUCUCAACAGAAUCAUCCUCCUUUAGCAGAGUGGAUGAGUGGGUGAAAGAUCUCGAAAUUCAGCAGCCACCUCCUGAGGAUGAUUUUGAUGAUGACAAUAUUGGAACCAUUGCCUUCCCACCUUCUCCUGAUGCUAUCCCACAAUUCAUAGCAUCCUCAAGCACAGCUCAGUCUGUUCGACAUCCAGAUGCCAAUCUUUCAAAAGAGAUAUUGAAUGCCAAUAGUGUGGUUCAGUCCCUGAACCCAGCCUCAACUGCAGCUCAUAUAUCAGGCAUUGGUAUAAAAGCCAUCCCAUCUAUUUCACACUUCUCCACUCUCCGCUCUGUCAAUUUGUCAAGCAAUCUCAUAGUUCACAUCACACCUGGAUUUCUCCCAAAGGGUCUUCAUACUCUGAAUCUGUCAAGAAACAAAAUCAGCACCAUUGAGGGCCUCAGAGAAUUAACCCGGCUGCGGGUACUUGACUUAAGUUAUAAUCGCAUUUCAAGAAUUGGACAAGGGUUAUCAAAUUGUACCCUAAUCAAAGAGCUAUAUCUCGCGGGAAACAAGAUAAGUGAUGUUGAGGGGCUACACAGGUUAUUAAAGCUAACAGUUCUGGACUUGAGCUUUAACAAGAUUUCAACAACAAAAGCAUUGGGCCAGCUGGUGGCUAACUACAACUCACUUCAGGCCCUGAAUCUGCUUGGAAAUCCAAUUCAAAGCAACAUCAGUGAUGACCAGCUGCGCAAAGUAGUUUGUGGUCUUCUUCCAAAGCUUGUGUACCUGAACAAGCAAUCUAUCAAGCCUCAAAGGGGACGAGAAAUACUCACUGAUAGUGUUGCCAAAGCUGCACUUGGGAACAGCAGCCGGAACUCCUACAGAAGAGCACUAAAGAAAGGUGGUGGCCAAGGAGGGUCAAGUUCCUCCAGUGUGCAUAGAAGCAGUGCUAGUGUUUCCCAGAAAAGCAGGAACAGGUCAAGGAGCCGAACUAAACAUCAUUAGAUGUCUGUAAAAGGUGCAAUUCAUCAGUAUUUAUAAGACUUGAUAAAGUGGAGUAUUUUUCAAACUUGUUUUUACCCAAUAUUUGCUUAAACCUGUAACCCACCCUGUAGAAUAAGGUUUGGUUAUGUUUGUUUCAAUUUCAACCUGUUAGUUAUCAUGGGUGUUUGAUUAUAUGCCAUAAAGGAGACUGCUCUAGUCAAUGAGAUUAUGAGAGUCUCUUGGUUUAAGACUUGAUGUAAUGCAGUCUUCAUCAUCUCCAAUUUUAAUGUGUGGAACUUGACAAUGCUGAAAACUUGUGUUCAAGCUCCUCCAUUGAACUAUACUACUAUACUCAUCUUUUUGCAUAUCA